AUGGGGGCUCUGGGAGCCUUAGGGCUGGCAUGCAAUAUACUCCAGCUUAUCGAAUGUGGCUAUAAAGCUGUUGCGAUGGUGAAAGAUUUACACGGAACCGGCCAAGAUGCAACCGAAUCUAAUAUAAACACCGAAUUCGUGGCAAGGGAGACGCGUAAGCUCAGCCUCAGAUUGACGAAGGGCUUGCCAGCAUCCAAUCUCACUGAAGACGAGGAGGCUAUAUUUAGGCUUGCACAACAGUGCAGUAAGCUUUCAAGUAGGCUCCUGACAUUGAUUGAAUCUCUGAAAAUUAAGAGGCCGGGAAGCAAACUUGACACUAUAUCGACGGUUCUAAGGAACAUGAGAAAGAAGAGUGAGCGGGAUCAACUCCAAGCAAGUCCUGACGACUGCAGGAAACAACUACGGAUACAAAUGGACAAAAUGUCACAGUAUGUCUUUCUCCCCUCGCCUAUCCAUGCUGAAUUCUCAUUCAAUCGUAGCUCAGAUCUAGCACAGAAGCUACAGAAUGUGCUUAGUACUACGUCAAUUUAUCAAACAGAAGUAUUACAGUUGAGAGAGCAUGUAUUAAAGCUUCAAAGUCGAAUUGCCAUAGACUCCAACAAUAUGGUAGAACCUUUCAGCAAUCUCCGGAGAACUGUGGAGUUUGCUUUGAAGCAUGCCGCUAUUUUUCAGAGACUCCGAUACCCUAAAAUGAACGAUCGUUUUGACAACGUGGAGACAGCUCAUGAAAAGACUUUCGAAUGGCUUCUCCGAAGUUCGGAGCCUCCAUCAAAUGCAGGUGAAAAACGUCUCAUUGUCGCCAAAGCCUUCUUCUGGAGGCUAGGAAAUGAUGAGCAGAAAAGUCGGACUGGACUUGUAACUUGCUUACUUCACCAACUCUUGAAAGCGGCACCGGAGCUGAUUCAAGUUGCGUUCCCAUCCGAUUGGAAGCCUGAUUCCGAGGAAACAAGCCUAACCAACCCUGAUAUACUAGGCGCAUUCAUUCGUCUACUUAGAAACCCUUUAACGUUCGAGAACUGUCAAAUAAUAUUCUUUAUAGAUGGGCUAGACGAGUUUGAGGGCCGCCCUAUCGGCCUGAUAAAAGAUAUCAUUAGUUGGACAGAACUCUGUCCCAGGGAUCUCAAGAUAUGCGUAUCUAGUCAGCCUUGGAAUGAAUUCAAACUUGGAUUUCGGGAGUACCCAGGUCUUCGAAUCCACGAGUGGACGCGAGAUGACAUCCGGACCUUUAUCCAUGACAGCUUUGAGGAGCUUUCAAAAAUGCCUACUUUGGUUAGCAAACAAGAUCUCAACUCGUUAGCUGACUUGAUUGUUGGUAAAGCCGAAGGAGUUUCCCUCUGGGUCCGUGUUGUCAUAGCGGCUAUCGAAAGGAAUGAUUAA